AAGCUCAUCCGCCAUAUAAAAAGCAAAUGCAGCAGCAAAAAUAAAUAUACACGUGAUCGAAAUUCAAAACUGUAACAAUAGAUUGGGUUCGGCAGAGAGAGAGAGAGAGAGUCUGAGGGGUAGAGGGGAGAGAAAUGGGGCUAUCGUGCUUCGCUUGCUUUGACGGGGGAAGAAAGCAACAGAGAAGAGAAGAAGAGAGACUGGCCUCCGCAGAAGCUCGUGCUAAAGCGGCCGAAGCUGCCCAGAAACGGCAAGAGCAAUUCGAAAAGUCUGCAGCAGGAAGAGCUGCCUGCGCACAGCUACAGGGGAUGGCAAAGCAAUCUGCAAACUCUAACAAAGGCGAACCAGUUCUAAAGUGGCAGAUGAGUUGAAGUUGAUACCUGUCCUUAAUGCAGCUGCAGUUCUUAUUGUAAGUAAGUCAGAUCUAACUUGUUAGGAUUGAAGGGAGAUUUUUGUGAAUGAGUUCUUAUAAGUUUGGACUUUUACUUGUGUAGACGGAAUUUUGUUUUCGUGGCAUGCAUCAUUUAUUUAUACAAAUAUCAGUUAUGGUCAGUUUAUGAAGACAAUUCUCAGAAUAGAUGGUGUAAUAUAGACUUGUUAAAAGCCUUAGGUUUUAGCAUUUCUGAUUUUGAUGUUCGCUUGUGUCUAGGAAAUCCUUAAUCUAUAACUGCACACUGGAACCUGCAGUUUUAUGAAAUCUUCUCAGUUACCAAUUA